AUGGCGCUUGAGGCAUUUUCUAAGUUGAUUGAAGCAAUAAAAGCUGGCCCAAAAGAAAAACGUUUGGCAUUGCAGUUCAUUGGACGAUUUUGUAAAAACUUUCCGACAGAAAUGACUAAAGCUUUGGAAGCAAUAUUUGAUUUAUGUGAAGAUGAAGAUGUGACGAUUCGUAAACAAGCCGUCAAAGAACUUCCAACAUUGGUUCGUGCGUCGCCAGAAACACUACCACGUGUGGUUUCAAUUUUAAUACAGUUGUUACAAGCUAAUGAUACAACUGAAAUAACGCAAGUUCAAGGUUCAUUAUUAGCCGUUUAUUAUUUGAAUCAAAUAGAAACAGUUUCAGAAAUACUGAAUGAAAUACAACGUUCACAAGAAGAUCUUUUGCGCAAACGAGCAUUACGUUUUCUGUGUACACGUAUUGGUGUCUUAGAUGAAAGUGAUCUAUCAAAAGAUGUUGAAGAACAUAUUAUUAAAAAAUGUAAAGAAAUUGCAAAUGAUCUCGAUCCUGAAGAAUUUAUUACUGUUAUAAAAUUGUUAUCUACUUUAAAAUCAAUGCAAACAUUAUUGGCACGACAAGAAUUAGUGAAUAUGAUUACAGCUCAAUGUCAUUUAGAAGAAGGAUGGAAUGGGGAAGAUACCGAUCGAAUUGCUACUGUAGCAGCAUUUAUGAAUCAUGCAAUCUCACUCCUCUCAAAAAAUGUCCAUUCAACAAAAUUUGUCACAUUCAUGCUAGAUUAUGUUGUAGAGAAUAUUCCAAAACUUCCAUUAUCAUCCGAUGAUAAAUUAGAUUUAUUUCGUGUAUUAGCUGAAAUGUGUCCAUAUUGUGGUGAAUUUGAAAAUGUAAAACAACGUUUAGGCAAAUUAUUUGACGUUUUAUUGACAUUUUUGCCAAAACCUCAAGCAGAAUCAGUUGAAGAAUCGACAUCAACAAAUAAUGAAACACCUGUUUUUGAAUUUUCAUUUAUUGAAUGUUUAAUGUAUUCAUUACAUCAAUUGUCACGAAAAUAUCCUGAUUUUUUAAUUGCUGAAGAAAACGAAGAAAAAGUAAAAGAUUUUCGUUUAAGAUUAAGAUACUUUUAUCGUGGUUUAUCCAAUUAUACAAAUCAAUUAAAAGCCGCAAUAGAUAUUAAAUCGAAUACAGACGAUCAAGAUGAACAGAAAAAAUCACGGUUAAUUGCAUAUAAAAUUUGUUCAAAUAAUCAAGCCUUGUUAAGAGAUCUUUGUCGAUCUCCGCCAUCAUUCAAAACAACUGUCACCUUAUCAUGGAAACCUAUUGAAGAGUUAAAACGAUCAAUAUCGGAAUCAGAUGGCGCAAAUGGAAACUCAAAAGAUAAUGCAUCAAAUAAACGUGUUUCUCGACCUGAACAAGCUGUUUAUAAACCACCCGGAGGAAAAUUUAGUAAUGAUGCAUCAAAUAAUCGUUCAACAUAUACAACUACAAAAAAUCGUCGAGGCUAUUAUCAACGUUAUUAG